AUGACUUCUGGUACUGGUGUUACUACUGUCACGGUUGUUCCAAGUGGGAGCACUGCAACAACUGUCUCUGUUGUAACUCCUGUAUGGCCCUAUGCUGUGGGUGCAGCAAGAGUGGCCGUGACCACCGCGGCUGGCACUAGUACUCAGCCAGUGUUUUUCAACUUUACGAGUAUUACUAUCCCCGUACUUACUUCUCUGAAUCCCACUCAUGGCCCACUACCCGGUGGGAACACGACAAUAAUUACUGGCUCUAAUCUGCUUUACACGACGGGCGUAACCUUCACGCAGGGCGCCACCACUGUGCCUGCCAGCAGUUUUGCUGUCCUAUCCAACACUCAGCUUGCUGUCGUGGUGCCACCGGCUCCGGCCGGUCCAGGUGCGGCGAGCGUCAGCGUCAGAAAUGGAGCAGGUUCCAGUGCUACAACUCUGACUUAUACCUACGAUUCCGCGGUAGCUCUCCCUACAGUCAUGUCCGUGGUCCCCAAUAACGGUCCCGCUAGUGGUGGGAAUACAGUUGCGCUGACAGGAACUGGAUUCUCAUACGCCACUCGAGUAAAUUUCGGUUCCACCCCUGCCCCCAGCUUCUCAGUCACCUCCGAUACAUCUAUCACUGCGACUGUUCCCCCUGGAACCGGCACUGUGACCGUCACAGUGUCUAGUCCGGCUGGUAAUGGUGUUGUCGGGGCCCCAUAUACAUACAACGCCGCCCCCACGCCUUCGAUUAGUAGCGGGAACACUGUCACUAUUACUGGCACCAACCUCAAUACCGUCACAGCGGUCAGGUUUAACGGCACUCCGGCUACUAUUUUCACGAUCCUAUCACCUACGGCUAUCAAUGUCACUGCACCGGCCGGAUCUGUUGCCGGGCCCGUUAAUCCCUCCUGCACCUACACAUAUAUCGCGCUACCAGCACCCGUUUCGAUAUUCCCAACGGCAGGUAUAAUAUCGCGCGGUACCCCCGUCGCUAUAACCGGCACUGGCUUGACGGGAACAUCGAGUGUCCUCUUUGGAACAACACCUGCAGCCAGUAUCACUGUCGUUAGCGAUACUGAAGUUGACGCCAUCACACCUCCUCAUGCUGUUGGUACGGUCCCUAUUAUCAUCACCACUCCAGGUGGCACAGAUACCUCCACGAGCUUCAGUUUCCAGCCACCACCUGUCAUCACUUCUUCCAGCCCCUCUCAGGGAUCGGAGUCAGGGGGAACAACAGUGACUAUCAACGGAGCUGGGUUGAUAAUUGCAAGUGGCGUUUACUUUGGAGCAACUCCAGCGGCAUCCUUUACUUUGGUUUCUGAUAACCUCAUAACUGCCGUCUCUCCUCCUGGAACUGGGGUAGUUGCCAUCACUGUUAGCACCCCCGCGGCCUUCAGUAACGGAGCUAAGCUGGUGAUGGCGGACGCGAUGGUGGAGGAGCCGGCGACAACAACGCGUUCGGGACACGUUAUAACACCCUCAACGAGGGCCCGAGAGGCCAUAGGCAGCACCAAUAACACCAGCAACGUUAAAGCAUCUAAGAAAUCAAUGACUCAAAUGGAACUGACAGCGUCAGUAAUGAUCCAGGAGCAGAGCAACACAAUUAAAGCCCUACAGACUCAGCUGGAGACAGUCCAAUGCCAGUCUAUAGAAGAAUGCAAGCAACUCCGGGAACAGCUAGAGACUAUGGCGAAUACUCCAAUUAACGCAGCUCUCAUGCAGACCAAAUCACAGCCGUCAUUCGCAGAUAUGAUUAGCAGCCAAUCUAGUCACCAGCAGGAUACACAUCUAGGCCCUCUAGCGCCUCCUACGGUGGCUAAUACACUAUUCUGCACAAUCGACACUUCUCGCGUUGGAGAAGAAGAUAAAGCUAAAGCCCAGAUAGCUAAUAUUAGACAACAGAUUGAGAAAGAGAUGCGAGGGACAAUGGCCAAGGACCCAAAAAAUGCAGACCGAGUCAAAGUGAUUUGCAGGCAUGAAGACGAGAUCCAGCAGGUCAAAGAAGCUACCCAAAAGAUUAAUAUGCCAGGAAUGAGAGUCUUACGAGACCAGCUGUACCCGGUCAAAAUCGACAAUGCUAACCAGACAGCAGUCCUGGAUGCAGAUGGGAACAUCCUACCAGGGGCAGUCGAGGUCUUGGGAAAAGAGAAUAAUGUCAACAUUGCUAAAAUCUCCUGGAUCAGUAAGAAGGACUCCAACAAAGCAUAUGGAUCUAUAGUGGUAUAUAUCACGAAAGGAACCGAUGCUAAACAGUUAAUAGAUGGCAACUACUUUGAUAUAACAGGAGAAUCUGCGUACACUCGAAUCUUUGAACAAUGGAUGGGACUAGCUCAAUAUUUUAACUAUUAG